UGCGGUCACACCGUCUUCCACGUGCAGCGCGUAAACAGCGAGAAAUUUAAUAAUCUACACAGUUUAAUCGAAUUAACAAUGGCCGACGAUGCCGGCCAGGACAAGCGCAAGCAGCACCGCGCCCGCCAGUCCGGCGUGAAGGCGGACAAGAAGAAGCUGAAGGCCAAGAAGGACUCGAACCAAAAGGAUCCCGAGCUGACCGCCAGGCAGAGGAAUCCCAAGGCGUUCGCCAUCAACUCGGCGCAGCGGGCAGAGAGGAACUUCCGGCGCAAGGAGGACAUCACGGCCAAGAAGCAACAUAUUCCAAUCGUAGACCAAACUCCGGACGUACCGCCACCCGUACUGAUUGCCGUGGUGGGUCCGCCCAAAGUCGGCAAGACUACGUUGAUCAAGGACCUGAUCAAGAGCUUCACCCGCACGAAUGUCACCGAGAUCAAGGGUCCCAUCACCAUUGUGACCUCCAAGAAGCGCCGCAUCACCCUGCUGGAGUGCAACAACGAUGUCAACUCCAUGAUCGAUGUGGCCAAGUGCGCCGAUCUGGUAUUACUCCUUUGCGACGCGAGCUACGGCUUCGAGAUGGAGAUCUUUGAGUUCCUGAACAUCUGCCAGGUGCACGGCAUGCCCAAGAUCAUGGGUGUGCUGACCCACCUGGACAUGAUCAAGAACCCCAAGCAGCUGAGGAAGCGCAAGAAGGAACUGAAGCACCGCUUCUGGACCGAGGUGUACGAUGGCGCCAAGCUCUUCUACCUUUCGGGCCUGCUCCAUGGCGAGUACCUGCGGAACGAGGUCAAGAACCUGGGACGCUUCAUCUCCGUCAUGAAGUACCGGCCGCUGCAGUGGCGGGGGGCUCAUAGUUACCUGCUGGUAGAUCGUCUGGAGGAUGUCACGAACACGGAUCGCGUGCGCCGAGAUCCCAAGUGCGACCGGGAGGUGGUCCUCUACGGCUAUGUCCGGGGAGUCCCGCUCAAGCAGGAGCACAUGGUGCACAUUGCCGGACUGGGUGACGCCCGCAUUGAUGAACUGAGCACCAUACCCGAUCCAUGUCCCCUUCCGGGCACCGAAAAAAAGCGCAGUUUGCUGGAGAAGGAGCGUUUGCUUUACGCCCCCAUGUCCGGUGUGGGUGGCAUUGUCUACGACAAGGAUGCGGUGUACAUUGAACUGCAGGGCUCGCAUUCGCACAAGCAGCAGGAGCAGACCGCAGAAGCAGCCGAGCAGGCGGAACUGGUCGGCAAGCUGAUCGACAAGAAGGCCACCAUCGACGAGCAGAUGGAGCAGCAGGAGUUCCGUCUCUUCUCGGAUGGCCAGCCCAUCAAGUCCAAGGAUUUCCGCAACGAUCAGGACGACGAGGAGGAGGAGGAGGAAAGCAGCGAUGAAGAUGAAGAGGGAGAGGGAGACGAUUCUGGUUUGGAUGCUGCUGGCAGUGAGGAUGAGCAGGAUGAGUUCGAUGCGGACGAUUGGCGGGGCGAGAACAGCGAGGAGGAGGAGGAGGAUCCUGAAGACUCCGAUGCAGCUUCAUCGGGCGACGAGGAGUAUCAAAGUCUGGGCAAUGUGAAAACGGGCCACGAAUCCGAUUCGGAAGAUGAGGAGGCCCGCGUUCUGGCCAGCAAUAUGAGCUGGAAGACAAAUCUGGCCCAGAAGGCGCGCGAUGCCUUUCUCCAACGCCAUUCGGAGUCCAAGAACCUGAUGCGCCUUGUCUACGGUGUUUUCAAUCAGAGCGAACGCAGUCGCCAGGAGGCGGAAGCAGACGACAACGAGGACUCUGAGGAGGAGCUGGGUGGCCUCUUCCGUGUGGCGGCAAAGAAACAAACCCAACAGCAAUCAGACAAGGACAUCCGGGACAAGGACGAGCGGUGUUUCUUUGAGUACCAGGGUGAUGCCACUCGCGAUUGGUUGGCGGAGGAAAACAAGGAGCUGAUCAAGAACUGCUUCGUUACCGGCAAAUGGAAGGCCAGCGAGGAUGCAGAGAAUCUACUGAAGAUGGACGACAUGAGUGACGCCGAAAGUGAGGUGUACGGCGACUUUGAGGAUCUGGAAACGGGCGAGCAGCACAGCGGCAAGCCCAAGGCAGAAGAUGGCGGGGAAUCGGAUGAGGAGAGUGCGAAACCCGAGGAGUCCGCCGCAGCCAAACGCAAACUGACCCGCGUGGAGGAGGAAAACCUUACCAAAGCAGAGCUCAUGGCGAAAAAACUAAAGCUGAAGGCCAAGUUCGAUGCGGAGUACGACAACAGUGGCGAGGCAAAGGGCGAGGAGGACACUGGUCGCAUCACCGGCGACCACUCCUUCUACGAGGACCUCAAGGCCGAGGCUCAGCGCCAGAGCGAGCUGAACAAAAGCGAAUUUGCCCACCUGGACAAUGAGUUCCGCAUUCAGAUCGAGGGCUAUCGACCGGGUCUGUACGUGCGUUUGGGAUUCAAACAGCUCCCCGCCGAGUUUGUGGAGAACUUCGAUGCCAGCUAUCCGGUGCUGGUUGGAGCCCUAAACUUGACCGAGGAGAACGUGGGCUACGUCAACUGCAAGGUGAAGAAGCAUCGCUGGUACAAGAAGAUCCUCAAAACUGGAGAUCCUCUGAUCAUAUCGAUGGGCUGGCGCCGCUUCCAAACGGUGGCCAUCUAUGCCAAGGUGGAGGACAACUUCCGUCAGCGCUACCUCAAGUACACACCCAACCACGUCACCUGCAGCAUGACCUUCUGGGGUCCUAUUACCCCGCAAAACACCGGUUUCCUAGCCCUGCAGACCGUGCGCCAGGACCAGGAGGAGAUGCGUCGACUGGGCUUCCGCAUAGCGGCCACUGGCUGCGUCACCGAGCUGGACAAGUCGUCGCAGAUCAUGAAGAAGCUCAAGCUGGUGGGACAUCCGUUUAAGAUCUACAAGAAGACGGCCUUUGUGAAGGACAUGUUCAACUCCUCGCUGGAGGUGGCCAAGUUCGAGGGCGCCAAGAUUAAGACGGUCUCCGGAAUACGUGGGCAGAUCAAGAAGGCUCACCACACGCCCGAGGGUUCCUACCGCGCCACCUUCGAGGACAAGAUCCUGCUGAGCGACAUCGUCUUCUGUCGCACCUGGUUCCGCGUGGAGGUGCCCCGUUUCUAUGCUCCAGUGACCUCGCUUCUUCUGCCGCCGGAGCAGAAGAGCCAAUGGCAGGGUAUGAAGACGCUCGGCCAGCUCAAGCGGGAGCGGGCCGUCCAGAAUGACGCCCAGCCGGACAGCAUGUACACGGAGGUCGUGCGCAAGAAGAAGAUCUUCCGGCCUCUCAAAAUUCCGAAGGCGCUGCAAAGGGCGCUGCCGUACAAGGACAAGCCCAAGCUGGGACCGGAGGAGCCCAAGGCGGCACUGGAACGCGUGGCGGUGGUCAACUCACCGUACGAACAGAAGGUGGCCAAGAUGAUGAAGAUGAUCGAGACGAACUACAAGGACAAGCGGCAUCGCGAGCGCGUGGACAUGAAGCAGCGGAUGAAGAACUACCGCGAGAAGAAGCGCGAGAAGAUGGCCUCGAAGGAGCGGCGCCAGAAGGAGCUGCGCAAGAAGGUAUCGCGGGCCAUCAGUAAGAUGCGGGGAAAGAAGUCGUCCUGAUUGGGCUUGUAAGCUGGUGAAACUAACGAGAAAUCGUAUGUAUGGAAAGUAGUUGUUGGACAAUUCUUAGAUAUUUUGCUGUAUAAAAUAUAGAUAAAACAAAAUAAAAUGUUUUUAAUGUAAGGA